AUGGCUUAUAAAUUGUAUUUGGUCGUGGCGUUCAUAUGUGUGGUGCCUAUAAUCUACGCUUGUAAUGAAGCUAUAUGUGCAAGUGUAGUCUCCAAAUGUAUGUUGACUGGAUCUUGUAAGUGCGAUUUGAAAGACUGUUCGUGCUGCAAAGACUGCUUCAACUGCCUAAGUUACUUGUAUAGUGAAUGUUGCAGUUGCGUUGAUAUGUGUCCAAAACCCAAUGACACACAAACUGAGCUGUCAAAGUCUUCAUACGUAGAAGAACUUGCUGAUGGAGUGCCAGGCUUAUUCUCCGCUUUGACUAGCGAUGCAGAUCCACAAGAGCGAUGGCUGUCUAUCACAUAUCCUGUUGACAUUGACUUGUCUGCAUAUCGUCCCACCCCAGAGAAGCAAGUGGUAUAUCAUCUGCAGAGCGUGGAGUCAAACUCGGAGCCGGUGAAUCGCGACAUAGUCACGCUCAACUGCACGGUGGCGUACAUGUCGCAGUGCAUGUCGUGCGACAAAUGCCGCGCCUCCUGCCGCUCCAUGGGUGCCAACAGCAUAAGAUGGUUCCAUGACGGUUGCUGUGAAUGUGUAGGCGAGAAGUGUUUGUACUACGGAAUCAAAGAAAGCAGGUGCUUAGCAUGCCCGGGUGGCAAGGCUACCACAGACAAUGCUCUCGACGAAGAUUUAACCUACGACGAUUUCGAUUAUGGCGAAGAAGUUGACGCGCAAUCUCUUUAA